AUGGUGCUGGGUGGUUGCCCGGUGAGUUACUUACUUCUCUGCGGUCAGGCGGCCUUGCUGCUGGGGAACCUGCUCCUGCUGCAUUGUGUCUCCCGGAGCCACUCGUUCAACGCUACCGCGGAGCCCGAGCUCACGUCCGCCGGCGCCACCCACCCGGAGGUCCCCGCCGGCGCUCCGAGCUGGGAAUAUGGCGACGCCACCUCUCCAGUCAUCCUUUGCUCUUUCCUACCUGAUGAAUUCAUAGACUGUGACGACCCAGUGGAUCACGUUGGAAAUACAACUGCAUCCCAGGAACUUGGUUAUGGUUGUCUCAAGUUUGGUGGUCAGGCCUACAGUGACGUGGAACACACGAAAGUCCAGUGCAGGGCCCUGGACGGAAUUGAGUGUGCCAGUCCUAGGACCUUCCUACGAGAGAAUAAACCUUGUAUAAAGUAUACUGGACACUACUUCAUAACCACUUUACUCUACUCGUUCUUCCUGGGAUGUUUUGGAGUGGAUCGUUUCUGUCUGGGACACACUGGCACAGCAGUAGGGAAACUAUUGACACUUGGAGGACUUGGGAUUUGGUGGUUUGUUGACCUUAUAUUACUUAUUACUGGAGGGCUGAUGCCAAGUGAUGGCAGCAAUUGGUGCACUGUUUAUUAA